UGAGUGUUCCACGUAUUUUUAAAUGUGGUGGACAAUGGCUCAUUUUUCACUCCAUUUAGCAACAGAAUUAGGAGAACUAGUUAAAGUGAAAGAGCUGAUUGAAAAUAAAGGAGGAGCAAUAAUUAAUGAAGUAGAUUCCAAUGGCUCUACGGCACUACAUAUAGCUGCGGAUUUCGAGCAUAUAAAAGUAGCCAAAUAUUUGUUGGAACACGGUGCAGAUGUGAACGCAAUCACAAAUCCUGAAAAGCAAGGUCCGUUACAUCUCGCUACUGAAAAUAAUAAUUUUUUAAUGGUUCAAUUAUUCACAGAAGCUGGAGCAAAUAUACAGUGUAUAGAUUACGAUGGAAAUAUGCCGAUUCAUAUUGCAGCUGACAUGGGAUAUAUAGAAAUUAUAAAAUAUUUUUUAGAAAAGGGGAUAGAUAUCGAUAUUAUAAAUGAAAGCAGCAAAAUGACGCCUCUCCAAAUGGCUGCCCACAGAGGCCAUAUAGAAGUAAUAGAUUAUUUGCUGUUAAAUAACGCCAACUUGCAUCUCAAAGAUUAUCAGAAUCGGAGUUCAAUUCAUCAUGGUGUUUUAGGAAAGAGAGCUAAAAUUGUUCAUAGCCUUAUUAAAAAAGGAGUUGAUAUAAAUGUUGAAGAUAUCCAUUAUUUGACUCCUUUACAUUUAGCUUGUAGAGAAGGGAAUUUAGAAAUUGUCCAGUUACUUUUAGAAAACGGUGCAGUGUGUAACCUAAAAGAGAGAUUUUGGACUUAUUCUCCACUCCAUUGGUCUGAAACCAAUUAUCUAAAAAUUAUAAAAUAUUUUAUCAACAUAGGGGUAGACCUGAAUUUCGGUACUAGUCAAGAAUGUACUGUUCUGCAUGUAGCUUGUAAGCGGGGUGAAAUUGAAAUUGUUAAAUUUUUGAUUGAAAAUGGUGCAGACGUUAACAAGAAAACUCUACCCAACACAGAAACAGCAGGUUUACAAGAAGACUCUACUCUUUUAUGCUUUGCAAUACUCAAUUUACGCACAGAUGUUGCAGAGUUCUUAAUUCUAAAUGGAGCGGAUUUAAAAGAAGCUGAAUAUAAAGGCAAAUCUUCUUUAUCGAUAGCUUUAGAGUAUAUUCCACGUAAAUAUAUAAUGUCUGCACGUCUGCAGACAGAUUUAAUAGUUCUUUCAAAAGUUUUAAUCAAAUACAACGUGUUAAUUUACAAUCCCUCUCAUACAAUUAUUCAAGAUGAUUAUCAUUUCUUCAAAGAAUUAUUGCAAUAUUAUAAGGACUGCCAAAAAGAAAUAUCAAGUAUGAAGAGUGUAAUAAUAAGGAAUAGUACUGUUUCAUUAUACCAAAUAAUUUGCGACUUCAAUAGAGGUAAGGCGCUUGUUAAGUACCUUUGUAACGACAAUAUUAGAAACGAGUUACAAAAUCUUGAAGAAUAUCUUAAAGAUUUUUCGAUAUAUGGUAAUAUUAAUCCGUUGAUACAACUUAGAGUUAAGGAAGGCUUGAAAAGGAUGGAAUUACUUACAGACGCUGACUUAAUAAUGAUAAAAAUUGCACCUCAGUUACCAUCAGAAAUAAGGUAUACAAUAUUGGAAUACCUAAACAUGACUGAUCUUAAAACUUUCCUAAAAGCUAAAUGGAGUGAUUUUCCACGCCAUUUGGCAACAGAAUUGGAAAAACUAGAAGCUCACCAGUUGAUUGAAGGUGGCGCAAUACUUAAUGAAGUAGAUUCCAAUGGCUCUACGGCACUACAUAAAGCUGUAGAUUUCAGAGACUUGGGCUUAGCCAAAAAAUUAUUGGAACUCGGUGCUGAUGUAAACUCAGUAAAUAAUCCCGAAAAGCAAUGUCCUUUACAUUUCGCUACUGCCAAGAAUAAUAUUGAAAUGGUUCGGUUACUCACAGAAGCUGGAGCAAAUAUGCAGUGUUCAGACUUCGAUGGAGAUAUGCCAAUUCAUAUUGCAGCUAAGGAAGGACAUAUAAAAAUUAUUAAAUAUUUUUUAAAAAAGGGGAUGGAUAUAGAUAUUAUAAAUGAAAAUACCAAAAUGACGCCUCUUCAAAUGGCUGCCUAUAGAGGUCACAUGGAAGUAGUAGACUUCUUGCUGUUAAAUAACGCUAACGUGAAUCUCAAAGAUUAUCAGAAUCGGAGUUCAAUUCAUCAUGGUGUUUUAGGAGGCAAAGCUAAAAUUGUUCAUGGCCUUAUAGAAAAAGGAGUCGAUAUAAAUGUUGAAGAUAUCUAUAAUUUGACUCCUUUGCAUUUAGCUUGUAAAAAGUAUUUCGAAAUUGUUAAGUUACUUUUAAAAAACGGUGCAGUGUGUAACCUAGAGGAGGGAUUUUGGACUUAUUCUAAUAAACUCCAUUGUGCAUAUGAACCCAAUUAUCUAAAAAUUGUAAAAUAUUUUAUUAGCAUAGGGAUAGACGUUAAUUUCGGUACAAGUCAAAAAUGUACUGUUCUGCAUGUAGCUUGUAAAUGGGGUGAGAUUGAAAUAGUUAAAUUUUUGAUUAAGAAUGGUGCAGACGUUAACAAGAAAACUACACUUACUCCUUUAUGUUUUGCAAUACUCAAUUUACGCACAGAGAUUGCAGAGCUCUUAAUUCUAAAUGGAGCGGAUUUAAAAGAAGCUGAAUAUAAAGGCAAAUCUUCUUUAUCGAUAGCUUUAAAUUAUCUGCCAAGUAUUUCUCCAAUUUCAAAACUGACAGAGUUAAUGGAUCUUGCAAAAGUAAUAAUCAAAUACACCGUGUUAAUUUACAAUCCUGUUGAGACAAUUAUUCAAGAUGAUCGUCCUUUCAUCAAAGAAUUAUUACAAUACUAUAAUGAGUGCCAAAACCAAAUAACAAAUAUGAAGAGUGUAUUAAUAAAGAAUAGUACUGUUUCAUUAUAUCAAAUAAUUUGUGACUCCAAUAAUGUUAACGCGCUUUUUAAAUAUUUAUAUAACGACAAUAUUAAAAACGAGUUACAAAAUAUUGAAGAUUAUAUUAAAGAUUUCUCGAUAUAUGGUAAUAUUAGUCCGUUGGUGCAACUUAGAGUUAAGGAAGGCUUGCAAAGAAUGGAAUUACUUACAGACGCCGACUUAAUAAUGAAAAAAAUUGCACCUCAGUUACCAUCAGAAAUAAGGUAUACAAUAUUGGAAUACCUAAACAUGACUGAUCUUAAAACUGUAAUUAAAUUAGAUUUAUUCAAAUAAAAGAUUUUGUGUU